AUGCUCAGCAAAACGCACGAGGCACAGGCACAUCCCAAGGUGAGAAAGGUGCAGGAAGAGAUCAAUGUCAUUAUGGGUCUGCCACGGAACGUUUGCUUCACCCCGCCCUCCAAGAACUCAGAGUUCUUGUUGAUCUUCAGGCCCGACGGCGAUGCGCCAGUGCAGAGCUCUUCGUUACCUUUGUAUCAGGAUGACGAUGGUGACGAAGCCCAUGAAUUCCUGGAUGAAGAUGAGGACACGGGGGAGUUGAAGGUCCGUGCCACUCAAAUGCUGAAACGUUGUGGCCCGACCAGUGGCACCAGUUCCGAACAGGAGGCCCAGGAGGUGUGGUACCAAGUGCUGCACAAUCCAGCGGUGAUGAUCCGGGAUCAGCCAGAUGAGAAGGCCAGGAUGGUGGGUCGCAAGAAGGUGGGCAAAAGGCUCAGAAUACAGAGCGUGAAGGACGGCAAGUGGCUGCAAUUGCACCAGUCCGAGCUGGUGAAGCUCGGUGUUCAGGAGGCAUGGGUCGUGAUGGACCCUGUAGAGGCUGGUCUUCCGGCUGGUUCACCUUUGCUUGAGAAAGUGUCGCCGUAG